CCACAAACACAUGGCAAUGUUUUUAUUUACUUGAUUUUGCUCUUUAUUAUCAAAAGAAAGUGUAUAGGCUCACUAAUUCAUUAAAUUAAAACUACGAAUUGAGCAUUUUGAACUCACCUUGCAUUUUUGAAGGGUUUUCAGUCCAUCUGUUAGAUAAUCCAGAGUCAAAUUCACCAUGGGCAGAGGGAAAACAGAAAAAUCUCAUCACGAGAUACUGGAGGAGCAGCAACGGAGUUUGGCCGCAAUCACCGAAAUCGUGACUGAACUUGCCCAAGCCCAGCGAGAGGGCCGCGACGUCCAACUCAACAGACUCAAGACCAAAAUCGCUUCGAAACAUGGUCUGCAAAACUCACCUCGGCUGACAGAAAUCAUCGCAGCAGUUCCUCCAGAACUGAAGAAACUCCUGCUGCCAAAAUUGAAGGCCAAACCUGUCCGAACAGCCAGUGGAAUUGCUGUCGUGGCUGUGAUGUGCAAGCCCCACCGAUGUCCCCAUGUCAGUCUGACUGGCAACAUUUGCGUCUAUUGUCCUGGAGGACCAGACUCUGACUUUGAGUAUUCGACCCAGUCUUACACAGGUUAUGAGCCAACCUCCAUGAGGGCCAUCAGGGCCCGCUACGACCCUUAUCUGCAGACCAGACACCGAGUCCAACAACUUGAACAACUGGGACACUCGGUGGACAAAGUGGAGUUCAUCGUAAUGGGCGGAACAUUCAUGAGCCUGCCGGAAGACUACAGGGACUAUUUCAUUCGAAAUUUGCAUGACGCCCUUUCUGGACACCGAAGCUCGUCUGUUGAUGAGGCUGUUAUGUAUAGUGAGAGAAGCAGGGUCAAGUGCAUUGGUCUGACGAUCGAAACCAGGCCAGACUAUUGUUUGAAGAAACACCUUUCCGACAUGCUGAAAUAUGGCUGUACUAGGCUUGAGGUCGGAGUGCAGUCUGUGUAUGAGGACGUAGCAAGGGACACCAACAGAGGUCACACAGUGCGGGCAGUGUCUGAAAGCUUUCAGCUAUCCAAAGAUUCCGGAUUCAAGGUUGUGGCCCACAUGAUGCCUGAUCUUCCGAAUGUUGAUUCGGAACGAGAUCUGCUCCAGUUUCAAGAAUUCUUUGAAAAUCCAGCAUUCAGGGCUGAUGGCCUAAAAAUUUAUCCAACACUUGUGAUUCGAGGCACUGGGCUAUACGAGUUGUGGCGGACUGGUAGAUACAGGAGCAUGCCUCCAAGUGGAUUGGUGCAAUUGGUGGCCGAAAUUUUGGCCAUGGUGCCCCCAUGGACCAGAAUCUACCGAGUGCAGAGAGACAUUCCCAUGCCAUUAGUCACAUCUGGAGUGGAACAUGGUAAUUUGAGAGAGCUUUGUUUGGCUCGACUUCAAGAGCUGGGAUUAUCAUGCAGAGACGUCCGAACAAGGGAGGUUGGAAUCACUGAAAUCCACAGGAGGGUUCGACCUUAUCAGGUGGAACUGGUGAGACGAGACUAUGUUGCCAAUGGUGGCUGGGAGACGUUCCUUGCUUACGAGGAUCCUGAGCAAGACAUCCUGGUGGGACUCCUGCGUCUCCGCAAGUGUACAGGCCAAGCUUUCCGACCCGAACUCAAGGGUGGCGUGUCUAUUGUGAGGGAGCUCCAUGUCUAUGGCUCUGUGGUGCCCGUUUCUGCUAGGGACCCAACUAAGUUCCAACAUCAAGGUUUCGGGGCUUUGCUGAUGGAAGAGGCCGAACGCAUUGCCAAAGAGGAACAUGGGGCUAAAAAAUUGGCUGUCAUUUCAGGAGUCGGAACAAGGAAUUAUUAUAGGAAGAUUGGCUACCAUCUUGAUGGCCCUUUUAUGUCAAAAGUGCUUGUCUAAAUAAAAAUGGUUUGUUUGGAAAUUGCA